GGUUGGGGCGAAAUGACCAUGGGGCGAAAUGACCGGAUACCUCCCCAGGCGUUCUCUGUCGGAAUGACCGAGCGAAUCGUGGAAACAAGUCCUAAUCAAAAUGGCGUCCAAAUGUGCCUACAUGUGCACUAAAUCACCAGCAAGGAUCUUUUUCAAUUUACUCGUGAAAGAAUAGAAAAUAACCAACAUGGCUCUUUGAUUAUGAAAAUAUACUGAGCAGUGGGCGUUUUUGCCCAUUUUGUACGACAACUAGUUCAGAGAUCGCCGUGCAAUACGGCGAUCUUAAAGUUUAUAAAGUUUAAGGAUCAUGUCGAAGGCAACAAAGAGAAAACAUGUUGCGAAAGAAGUGCUGGAUGAUUACGUGGUUCCCGAUCUAAACCAGCAAAUUGUUAAGAUUUUAGGCAGUCGUGGAAACAAUCUCCAUGAGGUGGAAACGUCUGAUGGCACAAAAUUCCUGGUCAGUAUGCCAUCAAAAUUUAGGAAAAGUGUGUGGAUAAAAAGAGGAGAUUUUGUCAUUGUGGAUCCCAUUGAAGAGGGAAACAAAGUGUGUGCUGAGAUAGUUCAUAUUCUGUAUGGCAAGCAAAUCAAAUACUUGAAGAGUGAAGGAUUAUGGCCAACAGCAUUCACGGAGAAAGCACUAACUGAAGACAAACAAGAUGCCAAAGAAAUAAACAGCAACUUACAUAUUCAUGGUAAUAAUGGCAUCAAUAAUGAUGAUGAUGAUGACGACGACAAGGACGAUGACGAUGAUGAUGAUGAUGAUGACCUGUUUGUAAAUCCAAACCACCAGAAGACAACAUGCUAUGUUGAUUCAGACUCCAGUGAAGAAAGUGAAGACAAUGAAGAGUGACAUCCUAUAAUUAAUUUUGUUAAAAAGCAAGUAUAUUCCAGACCGAAGGGACAUGUCUGUUAUGGAAAUAGGUGUCCUGGGGUAGGAAGAACUUCAUGAAAUGAAAUUUCAUCACUUUGGAGACAGUGAACUCUUUGCAGUGGCUUGAACCUUUGCUGAUGGGCCAACACGUUUACAAGCCAAAUGAAAUUUAACAUCACACGAUAUUAUAAUAUUACAGCUUAACUCCUAUUAAACAGCCACCCUUGGGGAAAUGGAUAGUGGCCAUUUACAAAGUGAGUAUAUUCCAGACCAAAGGGACAUGUCUGUUAUGGAAAUAGGUGUCCUGUGGUAGGAAGAACUUCACCAAAUGAAUUCUAUCACCCUGGAGACAGUGAACUCUUUGCAGUGGCUUAAACCUUUGCUGAUGGGCCAACACAUUUAUGAGCCAAAUGAAAUUUAACGACAUCACACGAUAUAUUACAGUUCAACUCCUUUUAAACAGCCACCCUCGGGGAAAUGGAUAGUGGCCAUUUAAAAGGGGCUGGCCGCUUAAUAGAGGUAAAAAUAAUAGAAAAG